CAAUCAAGCUUGUCUCCUGUGGUGCUGCACCUCCAAAUUCACAUCAAACCACAAGAUCACUCCGAUCCAUCAAGACGAGCUUCGAAGGGAAUCGGCCUUUGACCUUCAUCAGUAGGAUAUUGUAAAUCGUUGACGGGGAGAAGACAGACUCCUUGAACGUCAACGUGAGCGUUAAUGUGGAGACCCAACUCUAGGCUUGAGAGUAGCUCAAUCGGAAGAAAGAUGGACAUCACAGUUGUUUUUCUGUUUUGUGUUGGUACAGUGGGCCACUUUGUAUUCCCACCUGUCUUUGCAUGUGUCAAAAAAAACCUCAAUCUCAAACUGCUGGCUGAUCUGCCCUCUCUGCGGGUCCAAGUAAAUGGUGCUGCCGAUUUGAAGUGCUGUUAUGUCAACUCCACCACUGUCAAUCACACCUGGGUCAUCCGCUAUCAGAGAGACAUCCCCAACAACAUCACCACCCCAAAGCCGGUGACACUCGGCCCCCGUGUGACCAUGGAGAAGAGCCAAGAGUCUGGGUGCCAGAGCCUGAGUUUGAAAGAUGUGCAGCUGAAUGACACAGGCUUCUACCAGUGCAUUUUCUCCCGAGGCGAACAGUGCAUAUACUCACAUGGCACCUACCUGCAGGUCUUCACUCCCAUGGCGCGAACCCUGGACAUCAGUGAGAGCUGGAAAAACAGCAUCAUCACCAUAGAGGGGGUGCUGCUGCUGUUCAGUGUGCUAAUUCCGGGUAUCUGUCAGCUGGGAAAGACGAAGAGACUCACACAGCUGAAGAGGAAGAAGCAGAGAGAAGAGGAGAAUAUCUAUGAGGGGCUCAACCUGGACGGCUGCGACUCAACUUAUCACCAGAUCCAAAGAUCUAACAGACAUGGGCCUUACCAGGACGUGGCCAACGUAGCUGAGGACGAUACUCAAUUCGAGAAGCCGUGAACGAAUCAUGAAAGUGUGCUGACGUGUAAACUGUGUGUGUGGCGUACAUGCCUGAAAUCAAUGCAAAAAUCAGAUCAUUUUGUCACAGAAAUUUAAUUUUGUACCCCUGAAUGCCUGCAAGAUGCGAUUGUAUGGUACUGAGUUAUAUGUCGGUCUUAACUAGUCAUUUACAUAAAUUGGAUGAGAUAAAGAAGUACCAGACACAAUUUCCCCUUCAGGUCAAAAUUACUUCGACAGAUGAAAUCUUAAGAGUUUAAUGCAUGCAAAUGAAUGACAAUUAUCUGCAGUGCCGAUAACAUAACAAUAUUUUUUAGAUAAUAAAUAGACUCUACCCUACUUCUAUUGUUAUUAUUAUAGAUCUGUGUUACGCUAUAUGUUUAAGAAAUAUUUUUACCUGAUUAUGCUAUAUGUUCUUUUUGAUUAUAUUUUCUGUGGUUUUACUGUUUAGUUCCUGUGGUGGCCUAAACCUUCAUGAGUUCUAACAGGCUGUAUGAAAAAUGACUCAAGGUCUCUUCAAAGAUCAUUGAGAGGUAUUCAUUGUCAGAUAUAGACUAUGUCUUUGGUAUGUGGAAAUUCA